ACACCCUCCCUCCCAGUCUACUUGUGCAACAAAAACCCAAGCCAUGGAACAGUUGAGCCAUAUCAAACACUUUAGCCAUGAGCAUCCUCUCAUCCUAUCCAAAUACAACCAUUCUCCCCCACAUGCAAAUGCACUCUGUAUUGCCUGUGAUGACCCAAUUUCAUCAAACACCGAUCCCUUCUAUCAUUGUAUUCAUCAGUCCUUCAGUUCCCGAAAUUCGCAUUGUACUCAUUUUCUUCUCCACAAGGCAUGUGCCGAAUUACCUAUCAUCAUCCAGCACCCUUUUGACGAAAACCACGUGCUAACUCUUUCUCUAGAAUGCGAUGGAUUCUCUUGGUGUGAGUCGUGUGACCCUUGUAGGAAAACUGUUGCAAGGUGGAUUUAUAUUUGCCGUGAGGGUGGUCAUGAUUUUAAGAUUUGCAUCAAGUGUGCAUUAAUUCUAGAGCGUGAACUUGAUCAUCCAUCACAUAGUCACCCCUUAACCUUGCUGCCUGUGAAAGCAACAUUGCAGAGAUGCACAGCGUGUGGCGUGCAAGGUAGCACGGACUAUUCUUACUUGUGCAAAACUUGUCUUUAUUGGAUACACAAGCGUUGUGCAACCGCACCACCUAGUCUCAUUCGGGAUGACCAUGACUAUGAUCAUCCUCUUGUUCUCGCAUAUUCGUUGCCCGAAGAGUAUUGGGUGUUUGGAGUAUCAUGUUAUUUGUGCUCUGUGGAGAUCCGAUGGUUAUAUUGGGUUUAUUACUGUGCUGACUGCAGAUAUUUUGCACACGUCCACUGCGCUUUAUCACAAGAAUCUCGCAAAGAUGGGAAUGAAAUUGAUGAUAACGGAGAUUUGGUGCAUUUACCGAUAUGUGAUGAUGAACCGUACUUGUUUUACCAGUUGAUCCAACAAUUUGCAAACAAGUUUAGCACUGAGGAAUCCGGAAAAGCUGAUACAAUCAGUGAGUGUCGCAGUGGGCAUUCACUCAUCCUCUUUGAUAAUUCUAACGACAAAAGUGUUAAUGUUGAAACAAACAUUUGCGACGGAUGUGUCCAGCCUCUCUUAUAUCCUUUCUAUGGAUGCCUAGAUUGCAACUUCUUUCUCCACACUCUUUGUGCUGCAGAGUUACCAAGAGAGAUUGAGCGUCCAUCACAUACGGAUGACAGGCUCACCAGAUUGACAACAAGUUAUGAAACAAGUAAGCCAUUUAAUUUCUAUGUAUGCGGCGUGUGUGACAGAUUUUGCAACGGAGUAGUAUACUACGACGAAUUAAAUGAAUAUUGGGUCGAUGUUUUGUGUGUGUCCUUGCCUCGCAAGAUCAAACAUGAUUGCCAUAAGCACACGCUUCGUCAUCUCAGUGUAUCUCCAAGCUUCAAAAGAUGUAGAGCGUGUGAAGUUGAUAUUUUUAGUCACUCCUUCGCAUGUAAAAUAUGUGAUUACUAUAUUCAUAUUAAGUGUGCACUGAAAAGAGGAACAAUAAAGCAUAGAUGGGAUGAGCAUCACCUCUCGUUAGUUUAUCCUCCGGUGAAAGGUCAUCCACACGAUUUCAAUUGCGAACUCUGCUCGAUCGAUAUAAACCCAAAUUAUUGGUUUUAUCAUUGUGCCAAAUGUGAUACGUCGUUUCACGCUCUUUGCGUUGAUCAAGAUGUGUAUUCAAAUAUCAAGUUUGGGGGAGAUGUCAAGGAUGUUAAUCUGCAUCAACACACCGUUCAACUCCACAUAAGUAGACGAAAUUCCAAGUGUGCAGAAUGUGGUCUAAACACUCCGGACUAUUUUGAAUUUUUCAUAAAUUCACCUUAUUAUUAUGUGCGGAAGCCAUUUAUUCAGUGUACAUCAUGUGAAUUCUUAGUCUGCAUUAAAUGUAUUUUUAACCAUUAUGGGUACCCCCAUCUACCACAAGCGAGCAGGAUCCGCCGUGUAGAUUCUGAUCUGUACGAAGAAAUAUUUUAGUGUAGUUUGGAUAUUUUGAUUAUCCGAAAUACUCAUGUACUCGAUAUGCAUCAAUCAGUCCACAAAAGAAAAUUUACUUUUACCAA